AUUGUCAGGUCUGGGGAGGAUUAUGUCAUCCCAGCUAUGGAAUGAUGAGCUUUUUUUUUAACUUCUUAAAAAUGCUUCCUUAUGGAACUGAUUGACAGAAUGGAGAGAAGAGCAGAGUAUAUAAAGAGACUGAACUCCUAUUCCAAGCCACUCCAGACAAGGCUCCCCUGAAAGGAAAACUUUUGAACUUCAAUUCAUGGUCACCUCUGUGCACUUUAUUACGGAUAUUUGGCUUGGGCUAUAAACAAGGCAGUCAAGUUUUACUCGGCUUUGCUCCUUUUUUAUCAGGAGUUAUGCUACAAAGAAAAUUGUUGUUACUACACAUCUUGAUAUCAUUCGGUGUUUCUAUCUAUGGUCAAGAUGAAGAGAAAGAAGAUGAAACAAAUUUUGAUCUAUUUGAAAUCAGUAACAUAAAUAAAAGGACAAUUGGAGCUAAAAUAUUUCGUGGACAUGAAUCCAGCUCUCCAGCAUUUCGAUUCCUUCGUUUUGAUCACAUCCCUCCUGUUAAUAGUGAGAAGGUGAAGCAGAUAACCGAGCUGAUGCAACAAAAUGAAGGCUUUAUUCUUACAGCCACAAUGAGACAAGACAAGCACAACAGGGGGACUUUAAUUGCAAUUGAAGGUCCUGGUAUCUCCAAUAGACUCUUUGAGCUAGUUUCAAAUGGACGAGCCAAUACAUUGGAUCUAAUUUAUUGGGUUGAUGGAUCUCAGAAUGUUAUAUCCUUAGAGGAUGUUGACCUGGCAGACUCUCAAUGGAAAAAUAUUACAGUUCAGUUGUUGGGUGAAAACUUUAACCUUUAUAUUGGCUGUGAUCUGAUAGACAGCUUCCAGUUAGAGGAAACAUUUUAUGAGCAUCUAAAGGCCGAUAACGUCAAGAUGUUUUUAGCUAAGGGUUCAAUACGUGGAAACCACUUUCGGGGACUGCUUCAAGAUGUACGUCUAAUUUUUGACAUAUCAAUUGAAGAUGUUUUGAGAAAGAAAGGCUGUCAGCUAAGCCACACAGGUGAAGUCAAUACCAUCAGUGAAAAAACAGAAAUUCUUCACCUCUCUCCUAUGACCACUGAAUAUGUUGGCCAGAAGAUAGAAAAGCAGAUUGAUUUUUGUGACCACUCUUGUGAUGAAUUGGGAAGUAUGUUCACUGAGCUGACCAGGCUACGCAUUCUUGUAAACAACCUUCUAGAUAACCUUCAGAAAGUGUCUGAAGAAAACCAAGUAUUGUGGGAACUUAUUGGGCCCAAUAAAACUCUCAAAAACCAGUCAAUGUGCUGGCAAGAUGGACGUGUGUUUGCAGAUAAUGAAGACUGGAUUGUGGACAGCUGCACAAAAUGUACUUGUCAGAAUUCAAAAACAGUUUGUCAUCAGAUUACUUGCCCUCCAGUGCACUGUGCCAGCCCAUCCUUCAUUGACGGCGAGUGUUGCCCUAUGUGCUUCCCAAUGGAUAGUGAAGCUGGCUGGUCUCCAUGGUCUGAGUGGACAGAGUGCUCUGUGACUUGUGGCUCUGGAACACAGCAGCGAGGAAGAUCAUGUGAUGCCACCAGUAGCAGUUGUGAAGGUUCAUCUAUCCAAACUAGGACAUGUCAUCCUGGGAAGUGUGACAACCGCAUACGUCAGGAUGGUGGCUGGAGUCAUUGGUCACCUUGGUCAGCAUGUUCUGUCACCUGUGGAAUUGGCAAUAUCACACGUAUUCGACUGUGUAACUCCCCUAAACCACAGCUAGGUGGGAAAAACUGUACAGGAGCUGGGCGUGAAACCAAGCAAUGUGAAGGAAUCCCAUGUCCAAUAAAUGGGAAAUGGGGACCCUGGUCACCUUGGUCCAGCUGUACUGUCACAUGUGGUGGAGGUCUGCGAGAGAGAUCUCGUCUCUGUAAUAACCCCAAGCCACAGUAUGGAGGAAAGAAGUGUGGUGGUGAACCUAAAGAAAAGGAAAUGUGCAAUAAGCAGGACUGUCCUAUUGAUGGAUGUUUGUCUAACCCCUGCUUUCCUGGAGCAGAAUGCAAUAGCUAUCCUGAUGGAUCCUGGUCAUGUGGAGCAUGUCCGGUUGGUUUUGUCGGCAAUGGGACCUUCUGUGAAGAUCUUGAUGAGUGUGCCCUGGUAUCAGAUGCUUGCUUCCAAUUGGGUGGACUUCAUCGCUGUGUGAAUACAGAUCCAGGCUAUCAUUGCUUGCCAUGCCCACCUCGUUACAAAGGUACCCAGCCUUUUGGUGUAGGCAUUGAAGUAGCAAAGAAGGACAAACAAGAAUGUGAACCUAUAAAUCCAUGCAAGGAUAAAAGUCACAACUGCCACAAAUAUGCAGAAUGUAUAUACAUUGGCCACUUUAGUGACCCUUCCUACAAAUGUGAAUGCCGAACAGGAUAUGCGGGCGAUGGUAUUAUCUGCGGUGAAGACUCAGAUUUAGACGGAUGGCCCAAUAAUAACUUGAUCUGUGCUGCCAAUGCCACUUACCAUUGUAUUAAAGAUAAUUGCCCUCUCCUGCCUAAUUCAGGGCAAGAGGACUUUGACAAGGAUGGAGUUGGUGAUGCUUGUGACAAAGAUGAUGACAAUGAUGGGGUGGAUGAUGAAAAGGAUAAUUGUCCCCUGCUUUAUAACCCACGUCAGUUUGACUAUGACAAAGAUGAAGUUGGCGAUCGCUGUGAUAAUUGUGUCUAUGUACACAAUCCAGCCCAGAUUGACACUGACAAUAAUGGAGAGGGAGAUGCUUGUGCUGCUGAUAUUGAUGGUGAUGAUAUCUUGAAUGAGCUUGAUAAUUGCCCAUAUGUCUAUAAUACCAACCAGAAAGAUACUGAUAUGGAUGGUGUUGGGGACCAGUGUGACAACUGUCCUUUAAUGCAUAAUCCAGACCAGACUGAUGUGGAUAAUGAUUUAGUUGGUGACCAGUGUGAUAACAAUGAAGACAUUGAUGAAGAUGGUUAUCAGAACAACUUGGACAAUUGCCCUUACAUCCCUAAUGCAAACCAAGCUGACCAUGAUAAGGAUGGUAGAGGGGACGCUUGUGAUUCAGAUGAUGACAAUGAUGGUGUUCCCGAUGAACGAGACAACUGUCGGCUUGUUUAUAAUCCUGACCAAAAGGAUUCUGAUGGUGAUGGUCGGGGUGAUGCUUGCAAGGAUGACUUUGAUAAUGACAGCAUUCCAGAUAUUUUUGAUGUGUGCCCUGAGAAUAGUGACAUUAGUGAAACUGACUUCAGGAAAUUUCAGAUGGUACCUUUGGAUCCAAAGGGAACUGCACAGAUUGAUCCCAACUGGGUGAUUCGCCACCAGGGCAAGGAAUUGGUACAGACAGCCAACUCCGAUCCUGGCAUAGCUGUGGGUUUUGAUGAAUUCAGCGCAGUUGACUUCAGCGGUACAUUUUAUGUGAACACAGACCGUGAUGAUGACUAUGCAGGCUUUGUUUUUGGUUACCAAUCCAGCAGUAGGUUUUAUGUGCUCAUGUGGAAGCAGGUCACUCAGACAUACUGGGAGGACAAGCCAUCUAGAGCUUAUGGAUACUCUGGUGUGUCUGUCAAAGUUGUCAACUCCACAACAGGAACUGGGGAGCAUUUAAGAAAUGCCCUCUGGCAUACUGGGAAUACACCAGGAGAGGUAAGAACCUUGUGGCAUGACCCCAAAAAUGUUGGCUGGAAAGAUUAUACUGCUUACAGGUGGCAUCUGACUCAUAGACCUAAGACUGGGUUUAUAAGAGUAGUAGUAUAUGAAGGGAAACAGAUCAUGGCAGAUUCAGGCCCUCUUUAUGACAAGACGUAUGCUGGUGGACGACUGGGGCUCUUUGUUUUCUCCCAAGAAAUGGUUUACUUCUCUGAUCUGAAAUAUGAAUGUAAAGAUUUCUGAAAUCACAUUCAUGCCAUAUGUGGAAUGUACUGUAGAUCCUGAGUGACCAAGACACCUCAGCUCACCCUGGUAUUUCCAGACUUCAUUCACUUUACCUCUACAGGGAGAGCAACACCUCAUGUACUCUCUGAGAUGGAAACAGAGCAGAUGAUAUUUAUGAACGCCAUACAUAGAGAAAAGAUACAAAUGCAUCAUGACAGCUGUAGAGUUAAUGAACCCGCAAUAUAGAGAUUUGUACAUUCUCUAGUGAUACUGCUUUAAUAUAACUUAAGAUAGGGUUACUAGACAUAUCUCCUAACCCAUAGCUAUUUAACCUGUUUCUGUCGUCUUCAUUUUGCCAACAAAAUGCCUUUACUAAUGUUUGUUUUGAAUUGAUAUGGACUAAUCCAAUGUAAGCCCAAUAUCAUGCAUUGGUAAUGGUUAGUUAAUAGUUCUGCCAAUUAUGUCUGUUUCCUGGCAAGAAACAUUUCUAUAUAUAUUACCUGUGUACAAAAAAAUUGAGAAACUGAGUUUACGAGGAAGAUAAUGUUAUCUCUUGAGUUUUAGGGUAAAAGAUCAAAGCACUUUGUUCCCACACACCAAUACACGCACCCAUUAUAGAAUACCAGAAAUAUAUAAUAACAUACUAUACAUAAUUGAUAUUAUGCCCUUGGUUAUCAUUUUAAGCUUAAACUAGCACAAUGAAAAAAGUGUUGUAUAAAUGAAAGGUACAUUUAGAAUAUUUAGAGGUUUAAAUACACAUGCCCAUUAAAAAGGACAAUGCUACAGAUUUUGCUGUUUAGGUCAUCAUGUUUUACAUGCCCCAAAUAUACUUCAACAAAAUGCCCAAAUACUUGCAUGUUUUGAAACAAACAAAUUAAGCAGCCAAAAUGCUGUCAUUAUCCCCGGUGCCAUUGCAAUAAUUGAGUGCCUUUACUCACAAUAAUUUUAGUUUGAAAAUGCAAAGCAGUUUAUUAAUUAAAUUUAAUUUAAUUUUAUGCAGGCCUUAAGGAUCAGUGUGAAUCAUAUAUUAGCCAUUGAAAGUUCAGUUGUAAACAGCUACACGUAGAGGCCCAUUUAUCAAGGGUCCAAUUUUUUUAAAUUCGAAUAUAUACUCACAAUUCGACUUGGAGGUUAUUUAAGAAAAAAAUUGAAUGUCUAAUAAUCAAUCUAAUCUUAUUAAUUUCAGAAUUGAUUUGUAUGAAUUGAGUUUUUCUCCAGAAAAAAACUUUUGGCUAUUAACAUCUCCAAAUAGCUCAAUGGACCUCUGACUUGUAAAUUAGCUCGGCAGGUUUUUGCCAAAUUCUCGAAUUAGGACUGUUUCCAUGGUCAAGGUGUGAUAAAUCUCACAUUCAAAUUUACAUUCGAAUUGGAGGAUUAGAAUUCCAAUGUGUGAAUUUUGACACUCAAAUUUACUAUUUGACUCUUGAUAAAUCUGCACCUUAUUGUCUGUAAAAACAAGUGCCUUUAAGUGGUUAAGAACCAUUUUUCAAUGGAUAGUUCAGGGAUUUUUUCCAUAAACAGCUGAUAAACAUAUGGGAUCUAUUAUCCAGAGCCUGGCUUUCUAGAAAGCUCCAAAAAAAAGGCAAUGGCAUUUUACUUAGAGACCUAUUUGACAAAUUUGCUUUUUCUCUGUACUAAUAUGGCAGUAUCUUAGUUAGCAUAAAUCCAUGUUGGUGACAAAAAAAAUGUUUAAGUAGCUUUAAUUUUUAAGUAGCUUUAAGGCAUCGUGCUUCCGAGCAUUCCAGAUAUGUACAAUAUAUUUUUCUGUUUCAUAUGAAAACAUCCCACCAUCAUUUUUGAAUGAAGACUAGGUUACAGCAAUAUAUCUAUGAAGGGCUUCCCAAAGUAAAGUAUGCCAAUUUAUCGGCAGUAUUUUCAUUACAAAAGAAUCAGCAUAUUCGUUAACAUAUUAAUUGUAUUAAGCAUCAGUCUAUGGCCUAUUGAUUUUAUAAAAUAAAUUAUUUAUAUUACCAAAGCACAAGAACCAAGAGCUGAUUGAAACGUUACCAUAAAGUGCAAGUGACUUUUACUCAUUUAUGAAUUCACAAUGUGUCAGUCAACUACAUAUAACUGUGUUUCCUUUGACAUCUUCAUGCAAUGUGUCAUAUGAUAUGCAUCAAAGCAAAUAUUUUUUAUUCUAUGUUUCAUUUACCAGGAUCAUUUUUUAAUAAAUAUAUAUAUAAACAAAAACAUACAUCCUUUAUAUAUAUAUAUAUAUAUAUAUAGGAUGUAUGUUUUUGUUUUCCCAAAAACUAGGGCCUAUAAAGUACCUAUUUCAAAAAUACUUCAGGUAACCGUGAGACACUUUAGACUUUAUAAACUCUUUUGCAUUUUAAGAUAAUAAUCUGGUCACAAUCAGUAUGGUACUUUAUUAUACAAUUAUAUCAUGAGAUAUUUUCUAUAAAAUAGGAACAGAUUUUAAUUGCUUAUUCUUUAUUUAGAAUGCAGAAAUACAGAAAAGGAAAUAUAACUGUGUAUAGAAAUGUAUGUCUGAAAGUCAUAAAUGGAAAAUAAAAGAGAUCAUUUUUUAUAAUGUACUACAACACACUUUUACUAUACUUCUAGAAUCCUGGUGUGUUAAUUACCAACAUGGUUUUCAUUUAAUCUAACAGCUGCUUAGUGAAGCAUGUAAUGCCUUAUUCUGGUUUACUGUAACAUGAUGGAUGCGUGGAGUAUUUCGUUUGUAGCAAAAUCCCUUGCUGAUUUAUGACUGUUUUUACUGUACUUUGUUUUUGUCGUAUAUUUUUGUUGGAUGAAUACAGUUGUGUUUUGUAACUGUGUCUGUAAAUAGAAUUGUAGAACAUUACCACAAAAUUCUUUAAAAAACAUUAUUCAUUUUUAGUAUACUCCUUUUUAAUAAACUUUCAGAGUGUUUUUUAAUAAACCGAUUUUUUAAGAACAUCUAAUGUACAGAUAGAAUUUAAUAAGGAAAUUAUAUAUUAAUGGAAACUCAAAUGGGAUUACGGUAUAAAUGUUUAUUCCAUUAUUCUUUCUUUCUCUUAAGUUAAAUGAGGCAGUUUUGCCCUGUUAAGGCUUUUGUUGAACUGUCCAUACACAGUUCCAUACACCACACUUUAUUAAAUCUAUGCAUUUUCAUUGAUGAGUUGUUUACCUGGGGUUGCGUUCCACAGAUCUUUGAAUGGAACUGAUGUUGAUAUAUCAUAGACUGUACCAUAAUUUUACCUUUGUAAAUUAUUUAUGUGAUGUUUCCUUUUCUUACUUCCUUUAUUAGUUAUGUUACCUAAAAAAAGUUUCAUUUUUGUUUGACAAAAGAUUGUAAAUAAAUAAUUAUUUAUUUGGUUACUUAGUCACACUGAGCAUCCCUAGUUUAGUUAGUCACUGCUUGUUAUAUGCUAGGAAAUAAACUAUGAAUAAGGUUCAGCAAAACAUUUUGCUUUAACUGUUCUUUUGGGAGUAUAAGUUUUUUAGUACACACAGAAAGUGCAUUUCACUUAGACCAACUGCCUACUGUAAAUACUCUUUGGAUUCAGAAUGUUCAUUUUUUCCCUGGCCAAAACUGUAUAUGCAUUAAGAUUUGUUCUAUGGUGAAAGUAACAGAUUGAUAAAAGUAAGCAGUAUAUCUGAAAUAUAGCAUUUGUAUAUCAAGUUGAUGGAAAAAUCUGUUAGAUGACACUAGCCCCUGAGAUGUGUAUAGAUAUUCCUUUUCCUAACCAAUUUAAAAUACUACAUGCAACAUAAAAUUAAGGUUGAAUAGGAAUGUAAACAUUGUAGGAGCUAUAUCUGUUAAGAAAAAAAAUUCUUAUAGGACAAAUAUAGAGGCUUAUGGAAUAUAUUGGUGCUUCAUAAAUAUGUUAAUAACUUGAAAGCACCAAACUAUUAUACAGCAAUUCCAUUACAUUUACUAAUCUCGAAUGUUGUUGUGCUGACAUAUCCUACAAAGGGGGUUAAAACGAAAUAUCUUCCCCUUAAAUAUUAAAGGGGAGCCGAUUAUCCUUUCAGUUUUCAACUUCUUGCAGGACUCCUUGACUACCCUGUAGGUAAGUUUUCGAUGUUUCUAUUUUGAAUAUAAAAUGAUAAUCUUUAGAAUACAUAUUGGAAAUAGGAAUGUUAAAAUGACGUAUUCUGGUAUCAACCUCUUAUGUAACUAACUUAAAAAGAUAAUAAAAGCAGAAUUAAACACAGUGACAAUGCUGGGGUGACUAUUGCCACUAUACCAAGCUAAGUAUGAGUUGUUGAGAAUGUGUGUGGAUAUUUUUUUUUAUUUGAUGCUUUAAAAUAAAAAUCAUAAACAUUUGCACUCUU